AUGGGCAAGCCCACGGUCGUUCUCGGGGCAGGAGGGCCGACUGGGCAGGAGUGCGUCGCCGCGUUGUUGAAGGAGAAGCAGGGACCCGUUCGCGCGGUUGUGCGCAAUCCCUCGAAGUACACGGGCGUCGAGAAGCUGGCUGGGGCUGAGCUUGUCGGGGGCGACGUCAGCGACCGUGCCAGCCUUGACGCGGCCAUGUCGGGGGCGAAGAACUGCAUUUUUGCCGCCAGUGCGUCCAGCUACUUCGCGCCUGGCGCCGUUGACAGGGACGGGGUCGGCAAAGCCGCGGAUGCAGCCAAGGCGGCCGGCCUCGAGCGGUUCGUUCUCGUGUCGUCGAUGCUGGUGACGCCGCGGAACCGGUGGGACAAGCUGCGCCUGCUGCUGAACAACAUCCGGUGGGGGCUCAUGGACGCCAAGUUCGCGGGCGAGAACCUGCUGCGCAAGAGCGGCGUCCCGUACACCAUCGUCAGGCCGGGGGGUCUCAAGAACCAGGAGGGCAACCACGAGGUGGUGGGCGCGCAGGGCGACGACAGGGCCAAGUUCCCGCAGCCGUACACGUCGAUCGCGCGCGCCGACGUGGCGCGCGUGUGCGUGGCGGCGCUGCGCGACCCCGCCGCGGAGGGCAAGACGUUCGAAGUCGCCAACAAGAACGCAGCGGCCUCGGCCAAGGACGCGCCGGUGCUGACCGCAGCCAAGGCCGGCUGGCCCGACAUCAAGAACUUGUUCAGCGCACUCAAGCGCGACGACGAGCUCGCGUGA